AUGUCCAGCCCGAAAUGUGUUUUGUUUCAAGUGUCAAGAAAUGGACAUUUCAUAAAAGUCUGCAGAGGAACCGUUUCCAACCCAGAAAAACCUGACGAAGUCACUGCAUGUUCUAACUCGUAUAUAUUAGGGAUGGCUCUUGACAAUACCCCAAAAUCAUUGAGAGGGUCGUCGUCUGUGAUUCAUAUUGAAGGACACGAAGUACGCGCACUUUUUGAUAGUUGCAGUAGUCAGAGUUUCAUACACCCUAGUCUCAUAGAACGGUGUAACCUCCCAAUCAAAAGGGACACAGUUAAGAACAAUGUAGCAAUGGCUUCUCUGGCGUGUUCCAUGCCUAUAAAAGGUUGCACAGCAGCUGAUAUUGAAUAUCAGGGCCGACACUAUCCAAAAUUCAAAUUGAGAGUAAUGGAUGAUCUAUGUUGUGACAUUUUACUUGAAAUAGACUUUCAGGGACAACAUCAAAGUGUAACUUAUAAUUACGGCGGCGAUCGACCUCCAAUGUCUGUAUGUGGCUUUUCAACUUUCAAAAGUUUGCCACCAGAACCAUUCAAAAAUCUGACUGCUGACUGCCAUCCUAUUGCUACAAAGUCUCGUAGGUAUUCCAAAGAUGACAGAAAGUUUAUUGAAAUGGAGGUCAACCGUUUGUUACAGGAAGGAAUUGUAACGCCCAGCAGAUCUCCGUGGAGAGCUCAAGUUGUCGUCGUAAAGGGUGAAAAUGGGAAACGAAGGUUCCACUUGAAAAGGAAGACCAGAAAUACUGCUUUCAAAGCUGCGGGUGCUCUGUUCCAGUUUACUCGUUUACCGUUUGGAGUCACAAAUGGUGUGGCCUGCUUCCAGAGGGCAAUGAUGAACCUGGUAAAAGAAGAAAAUCUGACCGGUGUUUUCGCGUAUCUCGAUAACAUUACCAUUUGUGGGCAUACUCAACAAGAUAUCAACUUGCAGAAGUUUCUAGAAGCCGCUAAACGACGAAAUCUAAAAUUGAACGAAAACAAAAGCAUAUUUUCGACCAGAAAACUCCUGAUUCUAGGUUACGAGAUUGAGGAAGGCCAAAUACGUCCGAAUCCUGGGAGACUAGAACCUUUGCGGCGUUUGCCGAUUCCUACCUCAGUUUCUGCUUUAAAGCGUUGUCUUGGGUUUUUUUCGUACUACUCAAAGUGGAUACUAAAGUUUUCUGAUACAAUCAGACCACUAACAUCUGCGAAAACUUUUCCUCUCGACGACCAGGCAAUCCAUGCGUUUCAAGAAUUGAAGCGACUCGUAGAAUCUGUUGUCGUUAUAGCUGUGGAUGAAACUUUACCUUUUGAAGUAGAAACAGAUGCCUCUGAUGUAGCAUUGGCUGCAACCCUAAACCAAGGUGGGAGACCAGUGGCUUUUUUCUCUUGCAUGCUACAAGGUCCAGAACUCAAACACCCUUCAAUAGAGAAGGAAGCGAAGGCCAUCAUUGAGGCUGUUCGUCAUUGGCGUCACUAUCUCACUUGUAAACAUUUCACUCUAAUACCAGAUCAGAGAUCCGUAUCAUUUAUGUUCAGUCGAAAUCACAGAACAAAGAUCAAAAAUGAUAAAAUCAUGCGACGGCGACUAGAACUCUGUUGCUAUAGUUUUGACAUUCGUUAUCGUCCUGGGCAAGAAAAUAUUUCCUCUGAUGCACUUUCAAAAAUAUCGUGCGCAACUGUACAAGAUCCCGAAAAUCAUCUUUUGUAUAAACUUCAUGACGCUCUGUGUCACCCAGGAAUUACGAGAAUGUCUCACUUUAUUCGAGUCAGGAAUUUGGCAUAUUCGAUGGAUGACAUUCGAAAAGUUAUUUCAACAUGUCCUGUUGGUUGUGAAUGCAAGCCCCGAUUUCAUAAACCUGACAUCGGGCACCUUAUUAAAGCAACACAGGCAUUUAAACGUCUCAAUAUAGACUUUAAAGGACCUCUACCGUCAAACAAUAGUAAUCGAUACUUUCUGUGCGUAGUCGAUGAAUUUUCGAGAUUUCCGUUUGCAUUCCCAUGUCCAAAUGUUUCCACAGCAAGUGUCAUUAAAUGUCUCACGCAACUAUUCACUACAUUUGGAAUGCCUGCUUUUAUACAUUCAGACAGAGGUUCUGCUUUCAUGAGUCAAGAACUUUGCUCUUUUCUCAAUGACAAAGGUAUUGCAACAAGUCGCACCACACCAUAUAAUCCUGCAGGAAAUGGACAGGUUGAACGUUUUAAUGGCACGAUAUGGAAUGGGGUGAAGUUGGCGCUGAAAUCGAAACGUCUUUCUGUUCAAUUGUGGCAAGAGGUUUUGCCUGAUGUUUUGCAUUCCAUACGGCCGUUAUUGUGUACAUCCACCAAUGAGACUCUUCAUGAGCGAGUUUUCAAAUUCGCUGGAAGAUCUACGUCUGGAUGUUCUAUUCCAUCCUGGAUGUCAACGCCGGGACCAGUGCUUUUGAAAAGAUAUGUCAGGAAGUAA